CUCUGCUUUGGCUUGUCUAUUUCUUACUAUAUUCACUCCUUUCUCAUUUACAAUGAAUUCACUUAUUCUGCCAGCCAUCUACCUUGGCGGCUGUAUUGCUGCCAUGAGCGGCUUCUCUUAUCUUUACCGCCGCGCCACUAAUUUCCAGCCCAUUGAGCCUUGGUUUCCCGAAAAUGUCGAAAAAGAACAAUACAUUCAAUUGUUGAAUUGCGAAACUCCUGUACCUGAGCAUCAUUUGAAAGCAGCCCUGUUACGCCGUGCUAUGGAAGCCGUCAGACGACUUGUUCAGGUCCAACAAGAAAAGCCAGCUUUGCAACAAUUGAUGCGUACCGGCAGCAUUGGCGAUGAUCUCUGGCGCGACUUUGGUGUAGCUGAACAAGACAUUAUGGCCGAGCUGCAGGAAGUUGUUGGCGAAGCGAACACCUACAAAGAAAACUGGGGCCAGACCAUCUUUUCUACUGCUGCACAGAUGCUAGAGCAUGAAAAACAAAAGGCCAUGCUUGUUGAGAUGAAAGAGCUCAAGGAGGUAGAGGAUAAGAAGCGAAAAGCAAUGGAGAAGGAUCUUGAACGGGACGCUAAGCGUGCAGAGGAGGAAUUGUUGAGAGAGGAAGAGGAAGAGAAGAAGAAGGCUAAGGCAAAGAAAUAGUAAGAGCAAGAAUACGAUUAAUAAUAACAAUAAUAGAAAAUAACAAUAACAAACAUAAAAAAAUAAAAAGAAAACCGCUACAACA